AGUAGUUAUUUGACGGACUUCUCCUUUUUGUUUGCGUUAGUUAUCCUAGACUAAACAAGAGCUAAAGCCAUUAGGUACAAGUCUACACUAAGAACCAAAGUAAAUAAAUAGACUUACAAGGACAAGGGGCUGAGCCGGCAUGGCGGUAAGGCGGCUGUCGCUUAUCGUUUAUCGCUUAUCGGAAGAAGACUUAUCUCAGCAUCCGACAUGGUCUGUGCACAAUAGCGAAGCAACAAUUUUCUGUAUGGAAGUCAUUCUUCAUACGCAACAUUCAAGAAUUAUUUGCAUCUUCACAAUACACUCCGCGCAAAAAAUCGUCCAUCUUGACGAAAACGAACGUCGUCGUACUAUCAUUCCGUCCCAUACGAGCAAAACUUGCGAAUAGUCGUCCGAGAUACUGUUUGCGACCACAAUCGGUAGAAUUUUAGUCAUCCCACCUCGAAAUCCUAGAAUUUCCCGCCACUAUACCAGACACUCAAGAUGGAUCACACAAGAGACCCUUGCCCAUGGGUCAUUUUGAACGACUUUGGAGGUGCAUUUGCUAUGGGUGCAAUCGGCGGAACUAUAUGGCACGGUAUCAAGGGUUUCCGGAACAGUCCGAUGGGCGAGAGGAGGAUAGGUGCAAUCACAGCUAUUAAGGCGAGGGCACCAGUACUAGGUGGUAACUUCGGUGUAUGGGGCGGUUUAUUCUCGACGUUUGACUGCGCGGUUAAGGGAAUACGGAAAAAGGAGGAUCCUUACAAUGCCAUCAUUGCCGGCUUCUUCACAGGUGGUGCUCUAGCUAUCCGAGGAGGAUAUAAAGCGGCGCGAAACGGUGCCAUCGGUUGCGCCGUACUCCUUGCUGUCAUCGAAGGUGUUGGUAUAGGGUUCCAAAGAAUGCUUGCGGGCACGACGAAAUUAGAGGCGCCUCCACCACCGCCAGACACCGAUAAGGCUUUUGCAUAGGUUGCUUUAAAAACGAAUGCGACGAAAAAAUAUAUACUCCCACUCUGCUCCUUUCCGAUUUAUUAUCGAAUCGGUUUCGUGUAUUUAUAUCGGGGUUUAGGCGGUCUUUGCAUAACCAACACGGAUGGUCGGGCGAUGAAUGACAUGU